AUGGUCUCCGUUUCAAAAUUAGUACAGGUGUUAUCUCGCCUCGUUGUUAACCCUCAACCAAUGUUUACAGCGAGACACGCACAAGUCUUGUUGAGAUCUAUCCCUUGUUUUUCACUGAAUGAACGAACUCGUGAGGAUACGCUAAAUAUGAUGAAACUCGUUUCUCGUUGUCCUCACGCAUCUGAAAUAUUUGCACAACAAUCUCAAAUAUGUGAAAGAAUUCUAACUACAUUCUUUGUGGAACGCUAUAUGGAUGAUAAUGAAAUUGAAGAGGCCUUACGAGAAGUUAUUCGCGUGGUAAGUGUAAACACCAACUUAUCCAUUGCACACUUACUGACAAUGAUAAGAAGACUCUCGUAUAAAUCGGUUCAGAUGAAUGGUAGUAGAAAAGAAGUAACAUCUGCAAUGGAACGAGAUGAGGCACUUGCAAAUAAUUUAUUACUUCGAGUUAUAAACGUAAUGCCUAAAAAUGGGGCACAAUUACGUGAAAACGGAAGUAAUAAUUUUUUAUCACAGAAAGAAAUGCAUAAAAGACGAGGGACAGCCUUUGAAAAACCUGAAUUACUAUUCUUAAUAUCUACAUUACGACACAUCACGGCAACACGCAUAGUCAAUCUGAAGGAUAGUGAUAAAAGUAUACAAGAACAACAACAACAACAACAACAAGUCCAUACAUUACUCCCAUCAACUGUAGUGGAAUCGGUAUUACAGUGUAUAGAGACACUUCCCAUGAUAAGAUAUGAUAAUAAUGUGCCACUGCGUGAGGAUGAUUGGGUACUUAUUGUUUAUCUUAUAGCUUGUAAUGAACCCAAACUACAUGAACUUGGAAGACGAUUAUGGUUACAAAAUAUAUCGCAGUUGGAUUUAAAGAAAAUGAAUAGUUAUACUAGAAUUCCUUUUGCAAAUAUGCUUUCAAAAUUUCUUUUGGGUUUAAGAGGUAAUACAAAACGGAAUGCUUUGAUAUUAUGGAUUGAUAUUGUUACAAGACCAGAUACAUUAAUGAUGAUGAAAUCAAAACAAAUUCAUUAUCUUGUUCUUGAUAUAACUAUCUGUACUCAAACUCCUAUGAAUGAUGAAAAUGGAGUUCAUAAAAGUUUAAUUGAGGGUGGUUUACGUGCAGUCAAUACAUUGGAAUCUAUUGCACCUGCAGUUGCUGUUCAUACACGUUUAAUGUUUACAAGAGUUUGUCCAUUAUUACAGACUCCAGAAGAGUUAAUAAAAACAACAAAGCAAUUGAAUGAAAUUCUUAUAGCCCGUGAAAAACCAGGUCCUAAUUUAAUUCGUGAAGUUUCAGAUUUUUUGCGGUAUGUGCGAAGAAAAGAUCAAGUAGAUAAUAAAACAUAUUUUGCUGUUAUUAUAUCAUUAGCAGAAUAUGUAUUAGAUUUACUAGAACGAUCACCUUCACUGGAUCAAGAUUAUACUACAGCAUUAUUACCCGCCUUUACCACCUUUGCCUCAACACUUCGUAGUCUAGAAGUGAUGGAAUCCAUAUCUACAGAAAAAGAAAAAGAAAAAGAAAAAGAAAAAGUGGAUAAAAAAGAGACUUUUAAUUUGUUAAGAAAUUUACUUGAGAAAAUUUCUGAUGCCUUCCUGCGUCAUCAUACUUUACAAUCCGAAACGUCUCUUAUUUCUAUUUUAUUACAAAUCAUGGAAUUACUUGGUUUUGCCUCUAAUACACAGUAUACCACAGCCGUGCGUGAACUUGUUAUUAGUGCUUUCCGUGCGGCGCCAAGUAAAAAAGAAGACGAUCCCUUCAUCAACAGUGCACAGAAUUGUUAUGAUUUGUUAUUACGAUCUAUUCACUUUCAUGUAGUAGAUGCUGAAGUAUUAUCGGCCGCCUUUACGGCAGUGCGGCACUGCACAGAUGCAACGGCAUUACGAAAUAUGUCUUGGGAACAGCGGGCAUUAAUGUUGGAUCGUGCCGCUGCUGUUUAUCGUGAUAUUUCUCAUCUCCUCCCUACCGUGAAGGAGGCUAGACGAUUGGCCAAACACAUGUUAAGUGUGGCUGCGGUAGUGGCCUCGGAGAAGGUGCCAACCCGCACCCCGCGUCCACAUUUGGAGAAAUCACAAGAAGAAGUGGAGAGAAAAUUUAUGCGUCGCUGUGCACAGACGAUGUGGAGUUUAGUUCUGCGUGUGAGCCUCACACCAAUCCCACGAACACCGGUGGAUCACUAUUUAACACCACUCUUACGAUUUGCGAGUAGACAUUGGGUAGCGGCGGAACUGAUCUCGGGUAAGAAGAAAUCCAAAGAAAAAGAAGAAAAGGUUUUAUUAGAUGGAGAGUUAAGUCAAGAAAUUAUGGAUGUUAUGCUUCCAGUACUUCAUCAAGUCAUGGUAACCGUCUUUACAGAUAGGGCAACAUUUUUUGCCAAUAUUCGUCGUAAUAGACUUAUUCUUGAAACAGCGUGUGAAAUACUUCAUCGGAAUCGUCAUUACAUUGCUCCUUCUGUGUGGUUAAAUGUGCAGCGAACUAUUUUAUAUAUGCCACCACCCCACUCCUCUCUACACACUGCCGUUAUGCGUCUUUCAUUAAAAAAUGCGUUACUUCACAUAAAGACAUGUGGUGAUGCUACUACCGUAAUUGAUCCCAAAGGGAUUGCGGAUAUGUUUAGUUUUUCUGAUCUCAUUGAUGAUGUGGAGCUGCGUGUGUACCUUAUUACACUUGCGGAAGAACAAUUGGAAAAGAUGGAGGAGGGUAGAUUAUUAAAGGAUGGGGAAAAUACAACAGAACCUACCUCUGAAGAGAAGGCAUUGUUAAUUGGCUUUAAUAAAAUAUUGUCAACCCUACGACGAGGGUCGGUGUUAUAUUACUAA